UCCUCACUUGCUGGGGAAAUUUACAUUGUCAAAGUUUUCUCGUCUUUAGUUUCUGUUUCUAGAGAUUUAAAAUGUCUGGCCGCGGCAAACAAGGUGGCAAGGCUCGCGCCAAGGCCAAGACUCGUUCUUCUCGAGCCGGGCUCCAGUUCCCCGUGGGCCGCGUACACCGUCUUCUCCGUAAGGGCAACUACUCCGAGCGUGUCGGAGCUGGCGCCCCGGUGUACCUGGCAGCUGUGUUGGAGUACCUGACUGCCGAGAUCUUGGAACUGGCGGGCAACGCAGCCCGCGACAACAAGAAGACUCGCAUCAUUCCGCGUCACCUGCAGCUGGCCAUUCGCAACGACGAGGAACUCAACAAGCUGCUAGGUAAAGUCACCAUUGCGCAGGGUGGCGUCCUGCCCAACAUCCAGGCCGUGCUGCUGCCCAAGAAGACUGAGAGCCACCACAAGGCUAAGGGCAAGUAAACCUGAAAAAUUAGCCAGAAUCUUGGAUCUCUCUCGAGACUAUCCCUUAAACCAAAGGCUCUUUUCAGAGCCACCAACUAUUCAAUAGAAAGGGCUUACACUUUCCUCAUACUGCUUGUUUGCAGUCAUUACUGGAAAUACGAAAUUUAGACCCAUACUGUGCAUUUUAUAUGAUGCCAUGAAUGAAGAACUUAAUUUAGACCCAUACUGUGCAUUUUAUAUGAUGCCAUGAAUGAAGAACUUAAUUAUCUAUAAUCUAACCAUCUCUUCGCCAAUAUUUCUGCGCCCGCCUUUUAAAAUAGGUAGGUAAUCAAAAAGUCCGUUUCGGGAGCCAUCAUUUAAACAUUUUAUUCAGCACAGGCAUAAGCACAGCCAUAGUAACAAAUUCGGGUAAGAUAUGCGGAGAAAAGGGUAGAACUAACAGUAGUAGCUUGACUGUGAACAUCGCCACCAGGGCGAGCUUUUCUGAGAAACUACAGCCUUAUCCAAUCAGAACAGGACUAUAUAGGGGCAGAAAGUGGUUCCACUUUUCCCAUCAGCCAGGUAUUUCCUGGAAUUUGUAACGGCUCGUUCCAGGCAGACAACUCGCAAGUCCACCGGCGCCAAGCAGCUAGCCACCAAAGCAGCCCGGAAGAGCGCGCCGUCACGGGCGGCGUGAAGCCGUAUUGCUACCGGCCGGCCACCGUGGCACUGCGGGAGAUCCGCCUCUACCAGAAAAGUCAAUCGUGCUGCUGAUCCUCAACGUGCAGCUUCAGCGGCUUAAACAUUGAUCUGGGCCUUCAGCAUUCAGCGAUUAUGGAGCUGCAGGAGGGCCUGCGAGGCCUUACUUGGAGCAAAAACCCGCGCGCCAUCCACACCAAGCGCGUCAUCAUUACCAAGGACAUCCCGCUUCUCCGCCACAUCCACCGGAAGAGAGCCUACGUUUAUUUAGUGACAAUUUUAAGCCCAAAGUCUCUUUCCAGAACCAGCCUCCCCCGCUGUUUAAUUUAACCCACCCUCCCACCCCUAAUGCAGUUUUUAUAAGCUCCUUUAUCGAUUAUUUGGGUGGCUCUGAAAAGAGCCUUUAUGGUAUAAGUAUGUAUAGCUGUUUCCUUACUUCUUUUUGGGGGCUGCUUUCCUGGGUUUGCCUGCUUUAGGCUUGGCUGCCUUAGGUUUCGGUGCCUUAGCCUUAGCUGGACUGCUUGUCUUCUUAGGCUUGGCUGCUUUGGCCUUUUUCGGGCUCUUGGCCACUUUUUUGGCCGCUGCCGCUGGUUUCUUUGCCUUCUUCGGAGUCUUUUUGAUACUUUUUUUUGGGACAGCCACUGCUGUAGCCUUUCUGGGUUUCUUGGCUGGCCCGGAGAUCUUUUUAGGCUUGGCUGGGACAGCUUUUUUCACCUUGGGCUUGGCUUCUCCGGCGACCGCCUUGUUGAGCUUGAAAGAGCCGGAGGCUCCCGUGCCCUUGGUCUGCACCAAAGUGCCCUUGCUCACAAGGCUCUUGAGACCCAGCUUAAUGCGACUGUUGUUUUUUUCCACGUCGUAGCCGGCGGCCGCCAGGGCCUUCUUGAGCGCAGCCAGGGACACGCCGCUGCGCUCCUUAGAAGCAGCCACCGCUUUGGUGAUGAGCUCGGACACCGGGGGCCCGGACGCCUUCCGCUUCGUGGCACCUGAAGACUUACGGGUCUUUUUCUUUGUCGGUGUCUUCUCCGCGGCAAGAGUGGUCGGCGCGGCAGGUGCGGUUUCUGACAUGAUUAUAGAUUUGUAUCUAUAACAGUAAAGAAAAAAAAGUCUCAGAGUUGAGUGCCGCGACCGCAGCGUGAGUGUGUAUAUAUAGACAGUGACGCCGCGCGCUGAUUGGCUCCCAGUUUAGUCUUCCAGUUCGCAUCAAGCUAGUCUUAGCUCUCUCCCGGAAUUGUGUUUGUUACAAUUCAGGAAUGCAAAAAAUUAAAAAUUCCCGUGGAGGAAUCACACUGGUUCUAUUCCAGAAUGAACCGGGACGGCUUAAGCUUUGAGAUCCUCAUAUUUUCUUUCUCCAGUUUUUAUUACGUCUGUUUCAGCCUUUUUCGAAAGCCCCUAACACCUUGGCAAAUUCAGAGGUCAGAGAGACAACUUCUUGGUUUUCAUUUAAAAUAUAAAUCCUUCCCUUUGUGCCCGCAAGUAGUUGCUCUCUAAUAAUGUUCUAUACAUUCUUAGCUUUUAAUUCGCUCAACAACUGCUUGAUUUUCAUUGAGAUUUACCCAGAAAACCUGUUUUGUAUUAGGGGAAGUAACACAGGCUCUUUCUGGAUUUGUCUGUAAGAUUAGUAGUAAAAGAGACAUGGAAUAACGAUGCUUUCUGCCAAGAAAAGUCGUUCUUCCAGGCUGAAAAAGAAUUAUUAUGGAAUCCUGCGUCUAUUAGGAAGGUUAGUUACUUUUAGGGGUUCAAGUAUUUAACAUUUCUUUUGACAAAUUAGGAAUGCAAUGAUCAAUAAUCCUCGUUACAUGGUAGUUCUGCCUGGAUUGCAAUAGCUGAUCACAGAGGAGAUCCAAGAAAAAGAGCGACUUAGAUCUCUUUAUGAAAACUUUGUUUCUAUUGGUUUUAUUGAGGGGAUCAGUUAUUAAAAUGGUCAGGAGCAUUUCAAGAACAUAAAUUCUCAAGCUUGGGGAAGAUAAAUUUAGGCAAAGUAUUUAAGUAAUCAAAGAAUAUGUUUCUCCCUGUAUGUGUCUAUAUCUAUAUAUCCCUUGAGAGGGAAAUUUUUUAAAAAUCAUGUUUUACAUUCACUGCUAAAUCUAUUUACGCAAAGUAGUAGGUUUAAUAGGAAACAUGCAUUGUUAUAUACUCACUGUUGAGUAGGAAAUGGAUGGCUGAAAGUGAUUCAAUUUAUUCUUCACUCCUAAAACUAUAUAUUUGUCUGUAGUUAGUAUGAGUUUCUUUUAAAACAUGUACAAGUCUAUGUUGCACUAGGACUAUGAAGGAGUGCUGGGAACAAAUGAGCAAAAUCUAAGUGAGGAUUUCAUGCCUCUCCUUUAUUUCAUCAGAAGCCACAGAUGUCUGAUUACUUCGAGUAGCACACCCAACAUAGACAUACAAAACUUAAUACAUCUUAGUUAAAUUUAAAGGCAAGAAUCAAGCUCAAAAGAAGUCAUUUUUACCAUGAAUGUGUAUUCAUUUUCUAAGGAGACCAUGCAUUCCUAAUCUUUUAAAAAUGUUUUUAACUCAUUGUGGUUGGUUUUCUGCAGCACCAAUCAAAGAAGCACUUUCUCUUAGCCAACUAUGUGUAGGAAUUCAAGGUACUGCCCCAUUCACUUUCAUGCUUCAUUAGUCUCCUUUAUUUAGCUUUUUCUGAACUUGCUCCCUUGAGGCCUGUCCACCUGUCCAAAUGUCAAAUCUACAUGUUUGCAUUCUUGCUGGAUAUCUGCUUGUACAUCUACUUAAACCAGAUUCAACAUGAUCAAUUUCAUCUUAGAAACUCCCAGUCAAAAUUUAAUCUUCCAACUGACAUCCUAAUAAGUUGUAUUAUCAUUGCCAUUCUUUAAUGAACUUGCAGUAAAACUUCAACUCUGCCCUUUCCUUUGUCACCAAAUGCAGUCUGUCACCAAGUUUGGUGAAUUCUUAAAUUCAUCUCUCCUCUUUCAUUUCCCUGGCCACAGUUGUAAUUCUGGCUCUUUGGUGUCUUGACUAGACUGGCUAAUGUCACAGUCUUCCAAUGGGCUUCUCCUUCCUCUCAACUCUCUGACGUGUAAGUCAUCCUGUUCAUUCCUCUCAGGGAUAUAUUCUUCAAGUGGGCUUCAAAUUUAUAUACCUGCCACAGGUGGUGAGGAUGUACGUGCUUUCAUUCCUUCCUCUUUCUUGACUCCAUCUCAGCAUUAGUGGCAGCACGUUGGUUAACCUGCCAACAUGUAGUUCUUUGUCUGCACUCUGGCAGUACAAACCUUUGAUGUGACCGGCCAGGAAAAGAUUGCCAGGAUCAAGGGUCAUGUAUCAUUGCACAAGGGCUGCACUCUGGAAGAUGAACUAGUGCUUCUGGCAGGCACGCCCCUGGAAGAUGAGGCUACCUGGGUCAGAGUGGGGUGGAGGUCCUACCACUCUGGAAGUAGCUGGCCUCAUGCUUGGAGGUAAAGUUCAUGGUUUCCUGAGAGGUCAGACUCCCAAGGUGACCAAACAGGAGAAGAUGGUCCCAACCAAGCAGGGGAGCCAAUACAAUUGGCCUUUUGUCAAUGUCAUGCCCACCUUUGGGAAAAUGGCCCUGUGGCCCACUCUUAGGUCCUUCACAACCCUGGCUUUUUAAAAUAAAUUGUCUUAACCUGGUCAAAAAUGAAAAUU